UAGUAAAAAUGAAAUUAACUUUCGUUUCUAAUAAACCAAUCUUUUUAGCUUUAUUUGUUUUCAUGGUCAUUGGUGUCAAUUCAGAGGAAGUAACACCUGUGAGGCUCACCACUCCAUCUACGGUUAAGACCAAGACGACUCUCCAUUUUCGACUGUCUUUCAAUGAAAGCUGCGACUACCUAGCCCACUACUGUCUUAGAGCUUACAACACUGGAACAUUAUGCGCGCGGACGGCGCAGUACGUAUAUCACACGUUCAAGACUUACUGUAUGCUGGACUAUGUCAACUGUUUGGAGAGAUAUGAAGUCUGGCAAAUCGUUCACAUGGGAGAAUGUUUUGAUUUUCCUCUUGACACGGAGUACGGUUUGUACCACUACGAGAACGACGAAUUUCUCAAUGAAACCUACGUCAUGGAAGAUCACUGACAUCUCUUGUAUUAAAAAUACUAGCUAUUUGACCGAGCUUUGCUCGGUA